GGGCCACUCCGUGUUGGGUCGAGUAGGGAAAUGUAACGAGGUAGUACUACCAGCGGUGCGGUGGUUGGAAAGAAACGCAGCCUUGAAUUCAUCGGAGGGAGGGGAGACCUCACCGGAAGGAAAUGGAGGAGGAGACAAAUCUGGGCGGCGCCGGCGGAGUGGAGAUGAAGGAGGAGGUGGGGGAGGAGGGGAUGGAGUCGUUCGAGCCGACGGAGGACGAGCUGGUGCUGCACUUCCUGCGGCCGCGGCUGCGCGGGUUCGCGCCGCGCGUGGCGGGCGCGGUGGUGGAGGCGGACCCGUGCGCGGCGCCGCCGUGGGAGCUGCUGGAGCGGCACGGCCUGCUGGGGCGCGGCCACGGCUACUUCUUCGCGGCGCGGCGGCGCGGGAAGGUGCGGCGCACCCCGGAGGGCGGCGGCGGCGCGUGGAUGCACAGCGGCAACAAGGAGGACCGCCGGUCCGUGACGGAGCUGGGCGUGGUCGCGCGCUGGUGCAUGACGCGGUACUGCUUCUACCUCCGCGGCGGCGACGGGGCGCAGCAGGGGCGGCGGAGCACCGGGUGGGUCAUGUCCGAGUACGAGAUCACGGACCCGCGGUGCUACCGCCGCGCCGACGACGGCGAGGAGGACCAGUACUGGGUGCUCUGCCACGUCCGCCGCAGCAUCAGGGAGAACGUCAAGCCGCACUCCCGGAGGCGGUAGGGGGUCAGUACUCAGCAGGCUGCCGCGCCGGCCGGCGCAAGUCCGUGUCCGUUCGUCCUCGUCGUUCGUCGCUAACUCGCCAUGUGUGAUCUGAUCUGCCAUGUCCGUCCGUCGGUGCGCGGCACACUGUCUGUAAUAAAGCAGAAUUUGGUCCCUUCGAUUUUGCUGCUCUGCCGUUUGUAAGUCUAAAAAUAAGUCAAAUUUGUUUCCUCAAAAAUGUCAACUCAAGUUAUUUCUC